AUGGCGCUGGCGCUGGCCCUCGCGGCCCUCGCGGCCCUCGCGCCGCUGGCCGCGGCGACCGCGGCGGAUGCGCCGGACGCGGUGCCGGCACUGCCCGGGGUGGUGAGUCUGAAGAACAAGCACUUCGCUGGCUUCGCGGAGGUGAAUUCCACCACCGACAGGCAGCUCUUCUAUUGGUUUGUGGAGGCGGCGACGGGGAACACGCCUGGGGUGACCCCGAACCUGAUUUGGAUGAACGGCGGCCCGGGCGCCUCCAGCAUCAUGGGCUUGCUGGUGGAGAACCUCGGGCCCCUCACCAUGAAGGACGGCAAGCUCGUGGAGAAUGUGCAUGCCUGGAGCAACGAGCACAACGUGCUGAUCAUUGACAACCCGGUGGGCUCCGGCUUCAGCUUCACUGGGAAGAAGAGCUACGUGAAGUCGGAGGAAGAGAUGCGAUCCGACUUCUACACGGCGCUUGAUGCCUUCUUCGCCAAGCACCCGGAGUACAAGAGGAACCCCUUAUGGGUCACUGGCGAGAGCUAUGGUGGCAAGUAUGUGCCCAACGUGGCCUACGAGAUCCAGAAGCGGGGGGAGCUGGCCCUGAAGGGCAUCAUCAUUGGCAACGGCAUAUAUAGCGGCCGCUUGCAGUACCCGACUGUGGCAGAGUACGCGUACAACCAGGGCCUCAUCGACGACAAAGUCUUCGCCAACGCCACCAGCCAGUUCCAGCACUGCGUGGAGCUCAUUGAGGCCGGGAAGCUGGUCGAGGCGGAGAAGUAUUGUGAGGACGCGGUCAGGGACUUGUAUGCCUCCAACGCCAGCGCCGGGGGCGUCUUCUACUACGACGUAGGCCUCCAGGACUCUGCAUUCUUGGACACAGUGACCGACCAACUGUCCAAGUAUCUCAACAGCCCGGAGACCAAAAAGGCCCUCCACGUGGGCAACAGGACCUGGGGUCAGUCGGACGAGACGGGCCCCGUGGCUGAGGCGCUCUUCGCGGAUUUCUGCACGGACCAGGGUAUGCGCAUGAUUGAGGCCUUGCUGGAAGGAGGCUUCAAGGUGGUGACUUACAACGGGGUCCGCGACGGCUCCGUCUGCAACCACGUGGGGAACCUGAACUCCAUGGAGGCGCUGCAGUGGACGGGGGCCCACGCCUUCCGAGCCGCGGGCACCGCGCCCUGGCGCCCCGCCGGCCUCGGCCUCGCAGGCUACAAGCGCUCAGCCGGACCUUUGACCUACUACACCCUCCGCAACACCGGGCAUUUGGUGCCCAUGAUCGUGCCCGGUGUCUUGAUGGAAGUCCUGAAGGAGACGCUGAGUGCCAACCAUUCCGCGACUUUGGUGGUCUGA